AUGAAUUUCGAAUCUGCUAGGUCAAAUGCUGAUGAUACUAAUAGCUGCAGCUCAAUUCAAACAGGCUUGAGUAUCGACGAAGAAAGCGAAUCAACAAUAUUCUUGCCAGUUACGAACGAAGUAGGUUCGUCUAGUUCUACCGGACUUUUAUUUUCCGACAUUGAAAAAAUGCAGGAUAAGACGCGGGUGGCAGGUGCCUCCCCUAUCACCAAAUGUGGUAGUGCAGAAGAUAGUAGUGCUACCAGUAAUAGCAGUGAUAAUGAUGACAAAGACGCGAAAAAAGAUCCUGGUAGGACCCUGCUCAAAAACUUUACCCUCCCCACCAUUAAAAAACCUUCAAAAUCACAAAACAGGGUUCUAUUGCGCCGUAUACAGAGAGGUGCUCCGUAUUACUAUCGAGCUUCUAAGGCUUCUAGGGCUUCUAAGCUAGAGAAUCAAAAACAAAAUUUGAUGGUCGAUACCGAGCAAGUUCAGCGACUCUAUGAAGCUUUGCGCUCCAUUGAGAAUGCUCAAUCAGAGAACCCAGUAACACAACCACAUUCACAUACUCUGGCAGUCUCUGCCCCUCCUCCACAUGUACAACUAAAACCUUUAGGGGAUCCUCUUUCAAAAUCAUCCUCAUCACUGGUUGAUUUAGAUGUGAAGCGCGACAAAACAUUCGAGGCGUCCUCCGCGGCAAUAACAGACGAGCCCAUACCGCGACCCAAAUCUCACCAAAGCCACGCAGACCAAGAUGAAAAGCGAGUUUCAUCCGCUCCGUCAAAUCUCUCAGAAACUAAAUUAGUAACUUGUAAAUCUGGAAACAAUGCAUCGACACAAUCUCUGACGCUAUGGAAAUAUCUCUUACUAGAGCUCGGCUCACAAAACACGCAUGUGUCUUCCGAAGAAAAAACCGAACAAUUGGGAAACUUCAUACGGCUUCCCUUUUAUCUUGAACGAGUAAUAAUUUUUGGUUCACUGGCAUGUUUCGAUUCAUUUCUAUAUAUAUUCACUAUAUUGCCACUGCGGUUCUGCUACGCUAUAAUACACUUGUUUCUGCGGAUGUUUCGACUCAAAAAACAAAAGAUUCCGCUUACUCGCAAAAUAGAUAUUAUCAAGGGCAUUGUUUUCCUUGCAGUUUUAUAUCUACUAAUGCAGCUUGACACCAGUAAGAUAUAUCACGGAAUACGUGGCCAAUCAGCCAUCAAGCUUUAUGUCAUGUUCAAUGUCUUGGAGAUUGCUGAUAAGCUUUGUUCAGCACUGGGAAUAGAUAUUCUUGACUGCCUUUUUUCUGCAAAUACCCUAGACAUUGGUUACUCAAAGUCCUACAUAUUAUUUCUUGUCCGCCUUAUUUUUUUUACACUCGUGGCAACUUUUUACGUUUACAUUCACUCAAAUAUCAUUCUUUACCAAAUCAUCAGCUUAAAUGUGGCUGUUAAUUCAUAUUCCAACGCAUUAUUAACCCUACUACUUUCAAACCAAUUCAGCGAAAUUAAGUCAACUGUCUUUAAAAAGUUUGAGCGCGAAAAUUUGUUUCAGUUGACAUGUGCCGAUGUGGCUGAGCGGUUCCAAAUAACUAUAAUGAUGCUGGUUAUAGGGCUCCGCAAUAUCGUCGAGGUCAGCAGCACAGGACUGGUGCCGCGGUCGUGGUCUGGUUGGAACCGAUGGCUGGGUGCAAUAAUGGGACCCAUGAUCGUUGUUGUUGGGAGCGAGGUGUGUGUUGACUGGCUCAAGCAUGCCUACAUUGCCAAAUUUAACAAUAUUCGCCCUCGUGUUUAUCGAAAAUUUUUGGAUGUUUUAGUUUAUGAUUAUUCUGAUGAUGCAUUCUCAGAUCAAAUAAUGACAAAGCGAAUUGGAAUACCAAUCAUACCACUAGCUUCCGUGUUUUUACGAAUGCUUUUACAGUCAUACUCUAUUUUGGUAGAGUAUCAGCAGUCUACUCUAGUUACAUCAUCAUCAUCAUCGACUGGAUCCACUACAGCGUCUUUCUUACCAACUUGCUCUAUCACAUCUUUAGCAAAUUCAAUCAUUUUAAACGAAACACGCAAAGUCAAUGGCGACGUUAGUACAAACCUCUCAUUUUCGCCUAUUGCUACGUCUCUUUCUUCUGCAAGUUCUUUAAUGAACUUCCCACAUUCCUCUUCUUCUGCAUACCAACAGUCAAACUCUACCUGGAUCGACACCAUCAAUGCAUUCUUUAUCACGAUGGUUCCAUAUUACUUUGAAAAGUUCACCCAGCCUUCAUACUAUACAUGCUUAUACUCAUCGUUCCGCAAUACCCUCUCUUCAUGCAUGCCGGACUCAGCUGACUCUUUUUAUGCUACUGCAACCAUGGUGCUUAUUGUUGCCAUUAGUUUCAUUCUUCUUUUCACAAUAAAACUACUGCUUGGCCUUUUUUUACUUCAGUAUACUUCCAAAAGACGAGCUAUUGUUCUUGCAAAAUCAAGCAAGCCCACAACUUUACCGCCCAUUAAUACCAAUCCUUCUAUUUCCCACCAUCCUUCUUUGGUUACAUCCACGCCUUUGCAUUCAGCAGGAGUUCCUUCUGCAACUAAUAAUAUUAAUUUUCAAAUACCUCCGGCUCCAUUGACUGUACCAACAACACCAACAGCUACCACGCGGACCCGAUCCUCUUCGCAGGUGAUUCAUGGCAGUAGGCGACAUUCAAUUUCACGAAGCUCAGUCAGUGCAGGAGUGUCGGCUACUGUUUCGCAAGUCUCAAACACAGUGCCCAAGCAGUAUCCGAUUAUUACACUGCCAGUUUCUAAUCCACCUUCAACUUCUGGCUCUUCUGGAGGCGCAACACUGGUUUCAGCAAGAAGUGGCAGUGCCUCAUCUGGAGUUGGAAUCGAAGGGUACGAGUCGGACGAAUCGGACCAUGUUCCUGGCCCUAUUAAAGGUCAAGGUCUUGUUGAGGUAAACGAAACGGUUAGAGAACGCAUGUAUGCACCAGAUGAGCCAGUUCCUCCACCAAAGCCACGCAAAACAUAUAUAAAAGAUUUUAAAGAUCUGUGCAAGAUUCAACGUUUUAAAAUGACAGCCAAGCAAAUCUGGUAG